AAAGUGGGAGGAGAGAGAGAGAGAAAUAAAGGAGAGAUUUUUAAGAAAGAGGAAUAAAACAAAAGAGGGUUAGCAUGGUGUGGCUGUUUAGUGGGUACCCCUUGCCUUCAUAGGAAGUGAGGAAAGGUAGGCUAGUUAGUCCCAUUGUGAAUUCUGUGGCUGAAGAAGGUGAAAGGGGACAAGUUCACUCUUUCAAGGGUUUUGAGGGGUGUGAACUUGUUGUGUUUGAGUUUGUGAGGUUGAGGGUGCAUUUUGUUUCAAGGGUGUUGUUGUGGUGAUGGGUUCUAGUUGUGGUGUGACUCUUCUCCUUGUUUUCUGCUUAUGGGGUGUGUUGAUCUCCCUCUCUUCUGCUGCUAGGUUAAGUGUUUCAAGGCAGAAACUUGAGGUCACCAAGCAUUUGAAUCGCUUGAACAAGCCUCCUAUCAAGACUAUUCCGAGUCCAGAUGGGGAUACAAUAGACUGUGUACCUGUUUCCAAACAGCCUGCUUUUGAUCAUCCUUUCCUCAAAGAUCACAAGAUUCAGACAAGGCCUAGUUUCCACCCUGAAGGGCUUUUCGAAGAGAACAAGUUGUCUGAAAAGCCCGAAAAGAAAGCGCAUACUCCCAUCACUCAGCUGUGGCAUGCUAAUGGUAGAUGCCCUGAGGGCACAAUACCCAUCAGGAGAACAAAGGAGGAAGAUGUUCUGAGAGCAAGUUCAGUCAAAAGGUAUGGUAGGAAGAAGCACAGAGCAAUCCCUAAGCCUAGGUCAGCAGAGCCUGAUCUAAUCAACCAAAGUGGUCAUCAGCAUGCAAUAGCAUAUGUCGAGGGAGACAAGUACUAUGGAGCAAAAGCUACUAUAAAUGUGUGGGAACCUAAGAUUCAGCAGCCUAAUGAGUUCAGCUUGUCUCAGCUUUGGAUAUUAGGAGGCUCAUUUGGUCAAGAUCUUAACAGCAUUGAAGCUGGCUGGCAGGUUAGCCCAGAUUUAUAUGGUGAUAACAACACACGGCUAUUCACUUACUGGACGAGUGAUGCAUAUCAAGCUACUGGUUGCUACAACCUUCUUUGCUCGGGAUUUAUUCAGGUCAACAGUGAAAUAGCAAUGGGUGCAACCAUUUCUCCAGUUUCUGGUUAUCGAAAUUCUCAGUUUGAUAUCAGUAUACUUAUCUGGAAGGAUCCUAAAGAGGGACACUGGUGGAUGCAAUUUGGGAAUGACUAUGUAUUAGGGUAUUGGCCUUCGUUCCUGUUCUCAUAUUUGGCUGAUAGUGCUUCCAUGAUUGAGUGGGGUGGAGAAGUUGUAAACUCUGAGCCUGAUGGUCAGCACACCUCAACUCAAAUGGGCAGUGGCCAUUUCCCUGAAGAGGGGUUUGGCAAAGCAAGCUACUUCAGGAACAUUCAAGUGGUUGAUAGCUCCAAUAAUCUCAAGGCUCCCAAAGGCAUUGGCACCUUCACUGAACAAUCAAACUGCUAUGAUGUCCAAACAGGAAGCAAUGGUGAUUGGGGGCAUUACUUUUACUAUGGAGGCCCUGGUAAAAAUCCAAAUUGUCAAUGAUGAGUAAAAGAUGAGGUGAAUCAAAAAAAAAAAAAAAAAAAAAAAAAAAAA